AUGACCAGUGCGGGUAUGCAGCCGACCUCCGCCUCCAUCAGUCUCCCACCCAUCAGCAGUAUAGACUUCCGUACACAGCAGGCGCAUCACGCCUCACCAGAUGUCCUACAGCCCAUGCCACCACCGCAGCCGCCUCGACAACUGCCACCGCUUCCUCAUCAGCAGCACUACUACAAUGGCGGCAGGACCAUUCCUCACCAGCCCGAGUACGUUCAGCAGCGCGCCAUCUAUCCCGGCAUGCAGGUCGCAUCUCCAUACCAACUUGUUUCGAGUCGCAUUCCCUUGCCCUCGACCACCGAUCCCAGUCUAAUUGUGGCGGCGCCCGCGAGACACAAGACCAAGGAAGUUAAGAGACGGACCAAAACCGGAUGCUUAACCUGUCGAAAACGACGCAUCAAGGUAAGCCGUGAGAUCCAAAUUCCACCUACCCUUGUGUUUGCAUUUGCCUGGGCGGGAGAUCAGCCUUGCCCGAGGGUCUGCAGCAUUUGCGUGGCCACUGCAGUGGGCGAGUGA